AUGAUUCUUGAACGAACAAGCCUUAGCAGGCAACAUGCAGCGUCACGAGCCGCAGCAGAACUCGAGACCAAACAGGAAGCUGACGGCCAACGUCCGCUGACAUGCAUGUUUUACUUCUUUGCGUCUCAAAUGAAGCAAAACGUGCAGCCUCCCGAUCAGGAUCUCGUCCGGAGAGGGAAACUGGAGGACAAGCCAACUCAUCAGCUGGAUUCCAUGAUCGCAAGGCUAGCCAUGCAUGCGGCGUUUUCUCCUUUGAUUUCCAAAUUCGAAACAUAUCCGGUCGAAAUUCCCAACACUGCUCCUGCUUCUGCACGUCAGAAGAAUCGAACGGCUUCCCGAGAGCAAGUCCACGACAGCGUCAUGAUCAUGAAGUUUCGGGACAAACGGGCCCGUCAGGAAUGGAUUGCCACCAAAGAAUGGCAGGAUUUUAUGCGGGAGACGGAGGGUCAACAGGUCUUCAGGAGGAUGCCUCAUGUUCGGUGUGCCAGUAGCCUCAGGGGAUUGAUGGAUCCAAUGGAUAUUUUAACUGCUUGA